CGUAUACUACAAGUACUUCUUUAUUUUCACAUGUUAUCACCACAUUCACCCAAAACGAACAUUUAAGGUUGCACUUGGACUAUUUGUAACUACACAAGAUUUGCCUCCAUAUCCCUCAAAUCAUGAGUAUCUAUCCUACGACUGCUCGUUUGAUAGCGAUUGCAGGUCUGAACUCAAUUCCUUCGUUUUGAGAGGGUGGGCUUCUAUCGGUGGCACGAUGGAUCAUUGGAGAAUUGCGAGGGGUGAACCUGACAGUCUUCUAUGGUUGGCUGCGACAGGGACAAUGCAACUGCCAAGAGAACCUUUUGUACUUAUUGAACAACGUGGAGACCCUGUGGAUGCUCUUAUGACAGAUGAAAUUCGAUGUCAAAAAGGCUCAGCUGACUUGUCAUUCAUUUACUGGGCAAUUGAUUUUCCUAGCCCAGUUCACUUCUGUAAUUCAGGAAGCGCUGACUUGGAAAUAUGCUUGACAGACAUCAAUGGUGAACGUUUCAACUGUACAGGAAUGCUCGCUUCUACAGUGAUGCCUGGCAAAGUAUAUCUGAAAAUUCCAGAAAUUCAGAAACCGUUUCGGAUAAUGAUAGCCUCCAAUAAUUUACCGGGAGUACUCGUGAUCACGACAACUCCCACAACUACUACGGAGCCGACCACCACCACCACGACCGAGGCCGCAACGACUUUGCCCACCACUACGGAAGAGUUACCCACUGAAGAAGUUACUGUUGAAGAAAUUACUUCAACUUCUUCCGUAAACUCCGUGACAGAGAGAAAAACUCCUCCUCCUUUCCCCACUUUGCCUUCCACUUCUACGGAGAUACCAUUCGAGUUAAUGGUUUUAGGCAAUAAAACUAGGCCUUUGUUUGAUCGAAGGACGGGUAAUAUCGUGACCGAGUCAGCAAAACUCUUGUGUGAUUUCAACAACGAGUUUGCAUGUCAAUGGGGAGCUGAAGCCGGUAGAUGGGCUAUUAUCGAAAAAGGAGCCAUUCCAUCUCUGGAAGAAUCUGUAGAUGAUCCUAGUCUACUUCCUUCCUACCCAGCAGCAUUAGUACUACAAGGUACAGCGAUGUUGACGAGUGACCCUGUACGAUGUCAAAGUGGACCGGGAAAGGUAAUUGCUAGGGAGAGCAAACUUCAUAUCCGCAACCUCCGCUUUUCUAUAUUGAAGCCUAAUUGUAUGUAAUU